AUGCCAAACUACACUCUGUAUUACUUCAAUGGACGCGGACGGGCUGAGAUCUGUCGUAUGCUGUUGGCAGCAGGGGAUGUGAAAUAUAAUGACAGACGGAUCGAAGUCAACGAGUGGGACACAUACAAGGGGCCGUUAUCUAUCUAUCUAUCUAUCUAUCUAUCUACCUUAACCCUGUCAUAUUUUUGCUUCUUUCUUUCUAUCUAUCCCAGUCUGUUCAUUUUCUAUCUAUCUAGCCAGGUGUGUUCAUUUUCUAUCUAUCUCAUUCUCCUCAUAUCUAUUUAUGUAUCUAUGUGUCUAUCUACUCAAUCUAAUCUAUCUAUCUCAUUCUGCUCAUAUCUAUCUAGCUAUCUAUCUAUCUAUCUAUCUCAACCUUGUCAUAUUUUUGCUUCUUCUUUUCUUUCUUUCUUUCUUUCUCAGUUUAUCUUUCUCAACCGUGUCAUAUUUUUUGGUUCUUUCUUUCUCAUUCUGCCCAUAUCUAUCUAUCUAUCUAUCUAUCUAUCUAUCUAUCUAUCUAUCCCAGUCUGUUCUUUUCAUCUAUCUAUCUAUCUUAUGGACAAGACAAGGUCUUUAUCUUAUAAACCCAACUAUCUAUCUAUCUAUCUAUCAUUAUCUAUCUAUCCAGGUCUGUUCAUUUUCUUUUUUUCUUUCUAUCUAUCUAUCUAUCUAUCUAUCUAUCUAUCUAUCUAUCCAGUUCUGUUCAUUUUCUAUCUAUCUAGCCAGGUCUGUUCAUUUUUUUCUAUCUAUCUAUCUUUCAUCUAUCUAUCAUCUAUCUCAAUCUCAUUCUGCUUAUAUCUAUUUAUGUAUGUAUCUAUCUUUCUCAUUAUCUAUCUCAUUCUCUCUUCAUAUCUAUUUAUGUAUCUAUGUGUCUAUCUAUCUAUCUAUCUAUCUAUCUAUCUCAACCUUGUCUGUUCAUUUUUCUUUCUCAUUCAUCUAUCUCAACCUUUGUCUAUUCUUUCUUUCUCAUUCUGCUCAUAUCUAACUAUCUAUCUAUCUAUCUAUCUAUCUAUCUAUCUCAUUCUCCUCAUAUCUAUUUAUGUAUCUAUCUAUCUACUCAAUCUAUUCAUAUCAUCUAUCUAUCUAUCUCCCCCUCAUAUUUAUGUAUCUAUGUGUCUAUCUACUCAAUCUAUUCAUAUCUAUCUAUCUAUCUAUCUAUCUAUCUAUCUAUCUAUCUAUCUAUCUAUCUAUCUAUCUAUUCUUCAAAGAAAUAAGUUCAGGAGAAUUUAUUGGCGUCGGGAAAAAUUGGUGUUAAUUUCCAUGAAUAAAGAAUGCCUCUCUCAUAAGAUCUAUCUAUCUAUCUAUCUAUCUAUCUAUCUAUCUAUCUAUCUAUAA